UUGGGGUGUUGUAAAUUCGUGCAGCCAAGAAAUCUUGAGUGGGAGUUGUCGGAACUGAUUUCUUGUGUCUUUUGUAUCGUGUUCUGCACCGAUUACUACCGCGCCAGCCGCAGCCAUGCCCGGGAUAGAGAAGCUUCCGAUAGAGGAGACGUUGGAGGACAGCCCGCAGACGCGGUCCCUGCUGGGAGUGUUUGAGGAGGACACUGCAGCGAUGUCCAACUACUGCAGUCAGCUCUACCAGGCCAUGCAGAGGAUUUAUGAUGCACAGAACGAGCUCAGUGCUGCCACACACCUGACCUCUAGACUGCUGAAAGAGUACGACAAACAGCGUUUUCCUCUAGGGGGCGAUGACGAGGUGAUGAGCUCCACCCUGCAGCAGUUUGCAAAAGUCAUCGAUGAGUUGAGUUCCUGUCAUGCUGUCUUGUCCACCCAGCUUGCAGAUGCCAUGAUGUUUCCCAUCACUCAGUUUAAAGAGAGAGACCUGAAGGAGAUCCUCACUCUGAAGGAAGUCUUCCAAAUAUCCAGUGAUGAUCAUGAUGUAGCCAUGAACAGAUUCAGCCGUCUGUCCAAGAAGAGAGACAACGACAAGCUGCGGGCGGAGGCCGUGGAGGACGUCUACACCUCCCGCAAGAAACAGCACCAGACCAUGAUGCACUACUUCUGCUCGCUCAACACGCUGCAGUACAAGAAGAAGACAGCGCUGCUGGAGCCGCUGCUGGGAUACAUGCAGGCACAGAUCAGUUUCUUUAAGCUGGGUUCAGAAAAUCUCACCCAGCAGUGGGAAGACUUCCUGGGAACAAUAGGAACCAGCGUCCAGAAUGUGCGUCGGGAGAUGGAGACGGAGGUCGGGCAGAUGCAUGAGACGAUCCUGGAGAUGGAGCGAUCAUGUGACCCUCUGUACGUACCAUGUGACCCUGACCCCGCCCACUCACCUGUCUGCAGGAACCUGACCAGGAAACAGGGCUACCUGCACAUCCGCAAUAAGACGGGGCUGGUGUCGUCGUCCUGGGAGCGUCAGUACUUCUUCACGCAGGGCGGUAACCUGAUGCAGCAGGGCCGCGGCGAGGUGGCGGGGGGGCUCGUCACCGACCUGGACAACUGCUCCGUCAUGGCGGUGGACUGCGACGACCGCCGCUUCUGCUUCCAGGUCACUUCCUUUGAUGGCAAGAAGGUGGUGACGCUGCAGUCGGAGAGCAGGAGGGACUGCGAUGAGUGGAUCUCCACCAUCAACAACAUCUCCAAAAGGAUCUACCUGAGUGAGAACGCAGAGGAGCUUGCGGCCAGAGUGAACCAAUCAGCUCUUGAAGCUGUGACGCCGUCGCCGUCCUUCCAGCAGAGGCACGAGAGCAUGAGACCCAGCAGUAAAGGGCGUGCGGGCCGAGCUAGCAGCAUCAGCUCUGUCGGCUCCGAGCUGUCGCCGGCCCUCUCUGUGCUCUCAUUGGACGCCCUGGUCGCCCCGGAAACACCAAUCCAGUUUGACAUCAUAUCCCCCGUCACCGAGGAGAACUCAGGACAGAGCAAGACGGCAGCACAGUCCGGCAGGAGGAGUAACCCGUUUGGAGAGUCAGGUGACAGCACUUCAGAGGACAGUGAAGACUCGAUCCUCCACCAGCUCUUCAUCGUUCGCUUCCUGGGCUCCAUGGAGGUGAAGACCCCCGAGUCAGUGGACAUCAUCUCAGAGACCAUGAGGCAGAUCCUGGCAGCGAGAGCCAUCCACAACAUCUUCAGGAUGACCGAGUCCCACCUGCUGGUCACCUGCGACUGCCUCAAACUCAUUGAUCCUCAGACGCAAGUCACUCGACUCAGGUUCCCUCUCUGCACGGUGCUCCAGUGUUCAUCCCAUCAGGACAACAAGAGGCUGUUUGGUCUGGUCCUGCUGCCUGCAGGCGAGCCGGGGGACAGCCGAGCCGUCUGCUACAUCUUCGAGUCCAACAACGACGGAGAGAAGAUCUGCGACAGCGUUGGCUUGGCAAAACAGAUAGCCUUCCACUCUGAGAUGGACCGUAAGGCCGUGGAGAAGAGGAAGGAGACCGACAAGGCCAAAGAGAAACAGCAGGAGGAGCUCAGCAAACAGAAGCAGAUCGAGAAGGAUCUGGAGGAGCAGAGCCGUUUGAUCGCCGCCUCGAGUCGCCCCGGCAACCCACCCGCCGCUGACGAGCAGUUCCUCGUGCUCAGCAACAGCCAAUCAGAGGACAGCGACGCCGGAGAGGAGGGGAAGAAGAAGGGGGAGUCUGAAGCCUAACGAGAGCUAACGGAGCGUUUUAAGCUGACUCCCAGGUGGUAAUAUCGAAGCAACAGCUCAGGAAUCAGAGGAGGGGAACACCACCCGCCCUCCCACGCUGCCUGGGAGUGCAAAACAAGCGCUCCCUCUCUGCUGGACUAAACUAAACGCACCCUCACACUACAAGAUGUGGAGGGGAAACGUCUCGUCACAGACUUAUGUGUUUUAUUCUUCUGUGUGUAAAAUAACGCAGCUUUUUAUACUGGCUUCACUUUCCAGAAAAAAACGCAAAUAUAGAUUUAACCUGCCAGGUUCUGAUUUUUAUUUUAUUUUAAAGAAAGGGCUAACGGCUAAGACAAAGGGGUUUGGGAUCUGUGAGAGAGAAAAGCCAGAUAUCCAAGGUUUCUCUGAGGACAUUGAAUACCUCAGUGGUGAAAUAGUGUGGGAGGAAGUCUUAUUUUGUCCUUCCUGUUUGUUUUGAAGCAUCCUUCCAAGCUUAUUUUUCUCCUUUCUUAAAGAGAAACACAUUCAGAGGUCUACAUCAUCAUCCAUUCAGCAUCGAUGUGUUGGUUUUAUUGCAGAAUUGGCCUGAAUUUGGUGGAAAAUACACGAAUACAAAACAAAAAUCUUGGUUAAAGUUGCGUCUCGAAGAUUUCAUAUUAACAUAUCAAUGUGGUUUUGUCGAUAUAUAUAACCUUUUUUUUUUUUUGUAUUCAUCCCGGUUGGAAGUCCCUGGGUAAAUGAUAAUUAAAAUGAUUCCGUUGAAAGGAUUAUUAACAAUUGUUACAGUUCAGUCUGUAUUUAAAGUCAAACAUACACACAAACUGGCAUUCAUAAGUUAAUUAUAGGAUAAAUACCAACACUUUCAGGCCAGUUUGUGCCUGAUGUUUGAGUUCAUUGAUCGUGAAAUCAUCAUAUCAGGUCUCUGUAUGGAAACACAGAUCAUGCUUGCAGUUAUUUUUGCAAUUGUAUGGACUUUAUCCAUAGUGAACGUUUUUGGCCAAAACCCCUUUUUUAUUUAGGAGAAAAUAAGAAAAAAAGCACUUUUUAACAGGCUUCAGUGUCAAUAUUAACUGUUAUGUUUCACAAUUCCUCCUUUUCAGUGUUUCAGGUUUGGUUUGUGGUUAAUCUAGAAAACUAACUAUAUCAUUAGUCAUGUUUUUAUCUCAUGCUGUUUUUAUGGGAUGUGCAUCAGCAUGUUGGACUGGAGUCUGGAGGCACAGGAGACUGCAAAGGAAAUCUGAUAUUCAACACUUUAUAUGAAGGUUUUGACUCCAGAAGUACCCUAUCUGCCUCUAACCAAAUGACUAGUUGCAUGACGGUAGUGCUGAUGAAUAAUGACCAUAUCACAGGAGAGCCGCAGAUGCCUCGCUCUUCUUUCUUUCUCCUAAAGAUGGAUCUGGGAACUGAAAGCACACGUUUUUAUUUGUUUGUCUUCUGAUAAGCUGGUACAUUUGACCCAUUCAGAAACUUUGAAGGAAAUCUAACAUUUAAACACAAACUUUCUGCUAAUUCCUGAGCUGAGUCAGUUUCUCCUGACGUCACAUUAUUUAUCUGUGCUUUUACAAAAUGUUUGUGUCAUUUGUUUGGGGCCUUUCCUGUUUUUCACAGGGUGUUUUUCAUGAAUCUGUCUUUUUAUCCAGAAUGAUUGAGCGAUAUGUUGUAUGUAUCAGCAUUUAGGAAGAAUAAAUGCAGGGUUGUUAAAGUUAGAGGUCACCGCCUCCUGUGGGGAGCCUAAGUAAACUGAUGAUUAUUUUAUUUUAUUUGAGUUAUUUUUCUUUUGGGCAGAGUGUUUUGUUGCUAUUACCUGGUGAAGAACUCGAGCUGAAGUGGAGCUGCAUUUACUUUGCUGACGCGGGAAAACACGAUGAUGUUAAACUGUAAAUAUGUUUUAGUGAAAAUUGUUCCGUGUAAUGAACAAUAAAAUAAAAAAAAAAGGCUUUUCAGUGACAAAUAAAAGCACUAACUCCA